CAAUUUGCCGGAGAUGCGAGAAAAAAUCAAUUUUUCAAACGACGAUUCAUCUCGCCUUCAUGGCUCAGUUGGAUAGAGCGUCUGCCUAGUAAGCAGAAGGUCCCGAGUUCGAAUCUCGGUGAAGGCAUGCAGCAACAUCACCGGGAGUCAGGGCGUCAACGAAACGAUGUGGACUUCAAUUUUGCGCAGACUUUGACGAUGCGGACUUCGUUUUGGAUGGGAGAAUGCUAUUCACCUCGAGGUGACGGAAUGGUGCUCGAGGAGAUGUCUGGGGGAGCCCACUUUUCGCCCGGUGCUGCCGCGGCGGCUAACCUGUCGGAAACAUCGUCACCAAGCAAGCGGAGUGUCAUUCUGUUGCCUGCGGAGACUCAGGGCAAGGCGUAUUGCCUCCAAAGCAAGGUACAGUAUACUGCCUUGCUUUCUGCGCAUACUCGACUACAGCGUCGAGCAUACUUUGCGUCACCACGAGGCGCAACGAAAGAUGCAAGCCUAUUCAAAGAUGCUGGCGCGACCGUGAGGAUUGGGCACAGGCGAAGUCGCAGCAUGUCACAGCUACGGAGGUACGAGUCGCGCCAACUUGGACCACCGUCUAAUUCAGCUUUUCUGGUCGCGUGCUGUGAGCGUAACUUCAUGGAGGGAUACCCACCACAUUCGUCUAUUUCGAGCAUUCCCGCUCCGUCCCCGACGAUGCGGUGCCGCUGGAACCAGUUGCCCAAAAAAUCGCAUUAGCCAUUAAAUGAGAAAUAAAUGGGAGUGACGGCCAUGCGACACUGCCCGGCGAAACCCGCCGAGUUGCGAGCGGCCUGAAGUGGGUCAUUUGCCAUCAUUCCAUUACAGCAUCUUGGGAUCCACGACAAGACAAGCGCCGCAAGAUCGCUCGCA